CACGGCUAGUAGUCAGUCGGCGGUUGGAGUCCGCGCGCGACGGAUCGUGGGGUGGUAGGCUCGUACUACUUGCUCACUCGGCUCGGUCGCCGGCGGUGCGACAUCACGACUGACUCCGCGUGCCCGCGAGACGGGAGCACGUGCGUCCGUGCGUGCGUGCGUGCGUGCGUGCGUACGUGCAUACGCGGCGCAUACGUACUCUGUGCGCGCGUGUGUAGUGAAAAGUGUACGUUUCCCCCGAACAGUGUACGUUUCGCGUGGACGCGCGUGUCUUCAGUGAUUAAGCGAGCAUAUUCUCGAGCGACCGACGAGAAUCAAGGAUAUACGCGAAUUCUCUCAUCCGAACCGGCUCUCAGAUCGCGUCGCCGUGGGAAAUUAAUAUCGGACGCGCGAGUGUGUGCAGCUUGCAGCUCGAUCGGCGAAUGUGGCUAUUCUUCGAGUGCUGAAACUUUCUUGGAUCCCGUGGGUAUACCGACAGUGGAACCGGAAGCGUUCGAGUGCGGUGGAAGGAAGUGGAUAUAUACGUUUCUUGCGUAAGCGGACGACGAACCGGAUAAGCAGCGCGCUUACGGCCCACGUGGAAGUCCGGCAGAACGAUAAAUGAAUGUUGUUACGGCGGGCGCUGGCGAUCGCGACGGGAAAAUCGAGGGGGCACGGCAGGAUCGCUCGAUUUAAAUUCAUAGAUGUGCGAGCGAACGGGCCCACAAUGGUGGCUCGGCUCCCGCAACAAGUUCUGCUGCUACUCGUACUCGUUACUGGAGCAUCCACGGGAGAGGCUGAGGAUCCGCGGUGGAGCACGUACAGCGCUCGAAAAACUAGUCGAUCCUCGUCGCCACGAUCCUGGCCGUCCUCAAGUCUAGAGCACGCCGCGAGGGAGACCAGGCCCUCGAAUGGCAAGCUCUUGGAAACUAGCUCUUGGAACGUAGACAGAUCGAGUCCUGGAACUCGAUCGGAUUUGAGUUUUCUGGAAACGGUGGUCGAGAGAUCCGAAGAAGACGAGGACGGGAGGAGGAUGCAGGCGCCGGGGGGCAAUGACACCGAGAAUGCAAGGAUCACUAGUCAUAACCCGUCCAUCUCCUCCAGGAGCAACGAAACGAGCCAGACGGAUCCGUCCAAUCGGAUUUCCAUCGAGUCAUCAUCCUCGCAGUCGUCGACGAUUGGCUAUCAUCUCGUGAGGACCUCGUCGACUUCUAGAAGCUCCUAUGAUAAAAUGCCAACGUCCGUGACACAACUAUCAUUCGGGACGUUCUCCCAUGGCAACUUGAAAAACACGACGUCGAUGACGACAUUCACGAAAAAUAUCACCAUACCACGACGCCAGAUCAGACACAUCCCAGACCUCUGCGAGAAGUUUGUAGUUGGGGACCCGUCAAAGCAGGAAUUUUAUAGCCCGAAUUAUCCCGAGCAAUAUCCGAAAGAGCUAACUUGUGAACGAGUUUUGGAAGCUGAAAAAGGUAUGCUACUGAAGCUCGACUUUCGGGACGAGUUUAAGCUCGAAGACAGUCCAAAUUGCGCAUUCGACGUCCUCGAGAUACGUGACGGCAAGUACGGUUACUCUAAUCUCCUCGGCAACUUCUGCGGCCCGAAUUUUCCCCCUGAGAUCACAUCGAAGACGCGAUACCUCUGGUUGCGAUUCCGCAGCGACGAGAAUAUCGAGGGCAAAGGAUUCAGAGCUGUGUGGAGCACGAUACCGAGACCAACCCAUCCGGGCGUACUACCGGAACCAGAACCGUGCACAUUUAUGGAGAUAAAUAAAACAGAAGUGGUAAUUCAUGACACGGAUCUCAAAGAAAAAAGGAAUCAAGCUCAGAAAGACGGAUUCUCGUUGGACUGCAUGUGGAACAUUACAGUGAACGAGAAAUCGCAUAUCCUGUUGGUUAUAGACGACUUUAAACUGAAAUUUCCAAACGAGUGCGAGGCCAAUUUUUUAGAUAUAUUUAGAAACAAACCGGACAUGUCGUCAAUGGAAAAGAAGUUCUGUGGCAGUAUCGCCGACACCAUCGUCAUUACAUCCAAUAUAGUCUUCUUGAGAUUCUAUGCACAACCGAAGGCUCUUAACAGCAGUUUCAAGGCAGUGAUAACCGCCACCAGGGAAAAGAACGGAAAAUCUUGCGAGGAGAAUGAGUACGACUGCGAGGAUUCAACCUGCAUCGCCAAGGAGUUGGAGUGCAACAACAAUAAAAAUUGUCGCUUCAAUUGGGACGAAGAAGGAAAGUGCAAUCCGAUGAGCUCAGGGUUGUUUGAUUCACACCAUAUCGUCAUAAUCCUCGUCGUUUUCUCACUAAUUAUGUUUGGCAUGAGCUUUGCCUUCGUCUUCAACUGUGUCCAGAAGCUCAUCCGCGAUCAUCGCAUUAUCCAGGAGCACAUAAGGCAAUCCAGAGAGAAUCGUUUGGACGAACUGGGUCGAAAGUCGACUCCAUGCCCAAUUUCAGUUUCCACAACGGAUUUGCACGACCAUGGCAGCGAGUCGCCUAGUUUAGAAGUCAUGCCCAGCAAAGAAUUGAUGCCCACUACCAUGAUACCUCAGGAAUACACCAAGGAACUUGUCCUUGAGAUGACUUAUAACGCAAGCGAUAUCACUGAUAUUCACCAGAGCAAUAACGUGAGCAACGCCACUCAAGAACGUUUGCAGGAGUCCAGCGAAGAGCCGGAGAUGCGCGAUAACUGCUGCCAAACCCGAGAAAGCCUCUUCGAGCCACGAAUACCGGACGCAGUAAUGCCGUUAGGCUUUACGACCUUCGGCGUGCGCGCUCCUAGUUCUCAAAACGGGACCAAUCUUCAUCAUCACCAUCAUCAUUACCAUCAUCGUCAACAGUUGCAACAAAGUCCGCAACAGUCUCAUCAAAGUGCUCAAUCAUCGCAACCAAGCUCGCAAUCGUCGCAACAAAGUUCGCAGCAACAUAGCGUCUCUCAAUGCUCCGGCUGUAGUCCGGCAUCCCGCGGACGAGACGGCAGUAUGGGCAUUUGUCCGAAGCAUAAUCCCAUACCGGCGCCGCCAGGCUGGUCUUCUCAUGAGCCCAAUUAUCCAGUGCCUGUGCCGCAAACUGCCCAGUACCCGGAACAGUUAGACUAUCCGUCUUAUCAGAAAUUCCACAGUCCUAAGCCUAGCAGAGAGCCUAGCAUCGGCGCCUAUCGACAGUCUAUCGACAAAACUAAAUUUAUACGGCAAGACACCCUAGGCUCUGGCGAAAGGUACGGUAGUUCUAUGUAUGGAUCUGGCCACGGCUCCAGCAACAACACGUCCAGUACGUCGCAACACUCUUCCGGCAAUACGCCUACUAAACGUCAGCCUCAGCCUACGCUGGAUCCGAGGUAUCGAGCAGAGGCAGUGAUCGAAGUGGAUCAGAGACGGCCAUUCAGCAUAGAAAGCACGAAAAGUGCUCCAGAUGUGAUCGCGACGCACUGACGCCGGGGUCCUGGGGAUUGGGAGCCCUACAAGAGACGCCAUCCCCGUCAAAAUUAUCCGGUGGCAACUUGCAGCGACAGUGGGAACAAGGUGACCGUCGCCACACAGAGUUCUCUCGAUGAUGACGCCUCGACAAGCUCCACCGUAGAGGCAAAUUCCUCCUCUUGAUCCAUGUGUCGCGACGCGCUCGAUCGCAAGAAAUCGGGCGAGAAAUUGCUUACAAUUAGCGAUUUCUGUGAUCGCGAACAUUCGAGGAUCGGUCAGCAAUCCGAUAUCGGCGACAUAUUGACUCAUAUCUAUCCACUUAAAGAGAGACAUGUUGAGGCACUCGCUGGUGAAUCAACUAAACUAGAGGGAUCGACAACGGUCAGCGACGCGUCUGGCUCCAAUUCAAUCAACACCAACGCGGAGCCUCGACUCGACGGUUCAAUUCCCACAUCUCGCUCGAUUAAUCGCACCGGUUGGACGACGGCGGAUGAUUCGGCCAUUUCGAGACCGUGGCGAGCAAAAGCAGUCACGAAACUGCACGACUUACCGAUUCUACGACCACCGGAGGGCUUCAGAGUACCUAUGUUCAGGUGUAGGACUCCAUCUCUCUCCUGGCAGCACUGCGGGUGUCUCUCGCACACGCAUCUACCGCAGCGAUCGGCGAUCGCUUGGAGUGCCUUCGAACGAUGCAAUUUGGAUCCCAUGUAUCGCACCUGGCCUAAUCGAGCCACGAGAAGAUUGGGUCGACCUUUGCGAAGAACGGUUGGUACUCAAAGCUGUCUUGAUGGUACUAGAUCAUCUCUCGGCGUUCUCCGAUGCGUUGUUAGAUCGAUCGAUAUGACAGAGAGCUCAUUGGACCAGGAGAUUGGAGCUUCAAUACCUUUCUAGUGUUUGCUUUACGGUUUGAAUUAUACUACGGCCGAUUUUCACGUCGCUGCUUCUGUAUUUUUCUAUAUAGCGAUACGCACACGUUUUGACUUCGCAAGUCGCUAUGUUUAGUUUUUCUUGAAGAAAAACGAAAAAAUUUUCUUAAGCGCGGGUUUGAUGUUAAUCGUAACGUCGUUUAAAACAAUAAUAUGUUAAUCAUAUAUAUAGCCGUAUCCGCGAUACAUUACCAUUGGUGCGAUCCAAAUGGGCAAUGACAACUGUAACCACUUACGGUUGGAGCAUUUCCUAGCAGGGAUAAAAGUAAAACAAAAUAUUGGUCGCAUCAGUUGGGCGGACCAGGUAAGUGCGACAGUCUGUGUUGAUGAUAUCACGCAAAUAAAUUUCUGACGGAAGCAAUUAGAACCGUUCGAGAACCAAUCGAGAACUGUGUAUUUUGUUUCAUAAAGAAUCCGCUGCUUUUCGUUACCUAUGCGACAAAUGAAUCGUGAAACAGAGUAUGAAACAAGAAAAAAAAUCUGAACCCAUCGUAACUUCGAGCUAGUACUUAAGCGUGAUUAAAUUGAGUCGUCUGAAUCAUUCGCGGUAUGUAUAUAGAGAAAAAAAGGCAAAAAAGAGAAAUGCGCCGUCGAUUCACAAAGGGAAAAGACGAAAAGAUUCUUUUGCUUUUGAACUUGCACUUAAGUACGUAGUACAUUUAAUAGUAUUUAUAUUUAUAUGUUUACACUAAUAAAUUGUUCUAAUAUUUUCUCAUAAUUUCUCUUUUAGCUAUAUAACGACUCUAGUUUAAUAUUACAUUUAAAAAUUGCAACGUGGAAUUAUAUUGCACAGUAGAAUUAAUCUUGCAAGGGGAAAAAAUUUAUAUAGAAUCAAAGCGAGUCGUUUCGGACAUUUCUCUAUUAAAGCAGUCUCUUUAAAUUUUCCGGACCGCUGUUACCUUUAUUUUACAGGGUAAAUUUUGCCGGGGUAAUUUUAACGUGCUGCAGUAAAAUCCGUUUUAAAUGUUGGAAUAAUUUUUUCAAACAUAUUGAGCGGAACCAGCAUAUACGAUAAGAAAACGCGCUCUAUCGAUACUGAUUAUUGAUUUCUGCGAAAUCUCGCGGGCUUAAUGGAACGUAACAUAUCGGAAGCGGAACUUCAUUCGUUCUUACACGUAGCAUCGCCUGGGAACAGAGAGGCGGGAAUCAAGGGCUAUUAAUCACUCGUUAAUCGAAGAGAAAAACAACCUUUCCCACGAUAGCCUGCGGUCUCUUUUCCGCUUAGUCGAAAAGAAAGACUUAAGCGAAUAUAGUGGUUCGUGAAGUUUCCCCGUACGUCAGAAACGACUAAUUAUUUCGAUCAACUAGGCGUACCGCGCCCUGUGAAUUAUCGACAUCGGUAGGCGAGCUCGUGGAAGAAAUUCAAAGCGAAUGCUUGAUAAAGCCACUGGAUUCAUAGAACAUCGUGUUUCCCCGGGAUCCAUGUAUUUCCGUCACGUAGUCUAACCGUAUGCUUCGCGAAACGAUACUUCUUCUUUAGCAACGUUGCGUGUAGCGUGCCGGAGGACUUUUCCGAUAAUUCUUCCUGCGAAUCCAUUGCAGCUGGAUCAAACCAGGAUUAACGUGGACGGUGAAACGUGAUGUUCUAACAAUUUUAGGCGCGUUGUGUGUUUACGUCUCGCAUUUAAUCCUAAAUGUGCCGACUGAAAUGCGAUGCUAGGUAGAAAUGUAAAUCCAAGUCUUGCUCUUUUCAGUAUCGUUUAACGAUACCUCGCGAAAAUGCGACUGGCAUCGAUCGGUGUCGAGUGAGGAUCGUGAUGAUGUUUUAGAUGCGCGCAUGGCGAUAAUAUUAGGCGAACUAUUUUUACAUGUGGUGAUUUCUACGGAAACGUUGCGCGAGUCUGCGCGCGCUCGGUCAGCAGAUAGUUCAAGAAAUGCAUUUAUAGUUCGUAAUACACACACACACACAUACACACACAUUACUUAUUGACAUAUUUUACUAAUUUACGUACAUGCGCACACUCACGCACAUCCGAUCACGUCAAAUUUGAAUCCCCCUGACACGCGCAGCUGCUCAUGGGAUACUUAUUUUCAUUAACGUCUCGGGGCGUGAGUCGAAUAUCGACGGCCUUGCAUCUAUUUUACGAACGCCGCCGGGGACGUCUGAAAUCACACACGGUCUGAUAACCAUCCAAGCGUGAUAGCACAAGCAUGCAUAUGACGACUGUACAGUUUCCGCUGUGUCCUUUAUAAGCUCUAUGUGGAAACCAUUAGACCGUUCUCAGUGACCGUUCUCGCCAGCUGGAUUGUGUGCCUGCAGUUAAUUCUCGUAUGUGGUUAAUUCCUUGUAACUGUUAAAAGCAACAUUAUAUGUGUCGCGUUACUCUGUCUACUAAUUUACAAUUUAGCUGUUGAGCUAAUAGUGUACCGUAUAAACGAAUAAUGAUAAGUUACUACUUCUAUUUACGAAGCAUAAAGCUUAAUUUAUUUUGACAUGACAUUUUCCGUGAUAAAAUAAAUGAAUUUUACGUUUGAUACUUUCUUAGAUUCUCUCCUUUAUAAAAUUUUUUUUUAAAUUACAAAAACAUAACUUGUAUUAUUACUUUAUUCAAAUAAGCAAGUUGUACUUUUUAUCGAUUUUAACGUUCCUUACUUUCUAUUUUUCAUAUUGUUUAUUUUUCUGGCAUGUCUACUGUUAUAUUUAUUUAUAGGACAAUUCCAUUAUUUGUACAAUGGGAUUUAUUAUCUACAUAAUUAGUAUCCCAUUAUAUUAUUCAUAUUUUCAAUUUUUUUAAUUAUAUAAAAUAUAUUUUCCAAAACAAUUUAGUACUGUCAACUUAAUUUUUUUCUAGACUAUUGUUGAACACCUAACUUUUUAAUGUCAAGUUUAAAAAAAAAUGCUUCUGUUUUGAUAAAAAUUCUGUAGUUUUUGAUUUAGAAAAUAUUGUUAUUGCUAACAUUAUUACUACUAACUCAGAAAAAGUAUAGAAAUAAUUGUAAAUACUUGUGUGUAUUACGACAGAAUCUGAUCCAAACAAACUAAAUCCUCUUUAGAUGGAAAGGAAAGAUCAAAUCCUACAUAACAAGGAAACAUGAGUGACUUGUAUAUAUGUAUAAUCGUACAUAUCCGAAGCAACAGUAUUACGACAAUAUUUGUAUACCUACUUCAACGAUGAGCAUGUUUUAUCUUCACGUAUCUCUUCGUAUCAUUUUGGCAUUUGAUUUUGUCUUCACGCAGAAUGUACACAUAGCAAAGACAAACCAAAAAGUACGACCAUGCGUGCGCAGACUUUUGUAUACCCACGACCAGAUCGUUAAUUAAAUUAGUCAAUUAAAUUAAAUCGAUCAAGAGAGUGUGAAAGUUACUUAUGAUCGAACUAUGUUCACGAAUGCAGAUUUGGAACAAGUCGAGACCUAACCGAGUACCCAGAAUUUGUGUACAGAUCACGUGUUAACGUUUAACGUGUAGAACAGAAUGUACAGAGUGUACACAUUUGUAUAUAAACUCUCUACAGUAUAACUAUUAAGAUUAUACACACGAGAUGGAUUAUAAAUAUAGUACUUUUAAAAUAAA